AAAAACAACACUGUGCCUGUGCUGUUGUGAACAAUUUUUGUUAAUUUUUUAAUUUGAUUUGCGAGCGUCGUGCGAGCGAAGCGACGGACAUCGCACGGAACGGGAAUCGCAACUGGGUUCCUGCAGCAUGCGCCAGGACACCUAGGCACCAGUAGAGAAGACCAAGCACACUAGUAGCAAUGACAAUGGGCGAGCCCACGUCGUCUCUCGUUCUGCCCGUCAUAUUGCGGCCCAUUUUCUCCCAGCUCGAGCGACGCGACGUUGGCGCUGCCCAAUCUCUGCGCUCCGCCAUUCUCAAGUCGGAGCAGAACAAUCCGGGCUUCUGCUAUGACCUCGUAGCCACAAUUGUGCGGCGGGCCGAUCUGAAUGUAAACCUAAACGAGGCCGUGCUCCGAUUGCAGGGCAAAAUUACGGAAGCGGACCUCAAUGAAUACCGCUUGACGCGCACGGAGGAGCCCUUCCAGGAGCUGAAUCGUAAGUCCGUGGCUCUCAAGGUGAUCCUCAGCCGCAUACCCGAUGAGAUAAACGACAGGAAGACCUUCCUGGAGACCAUCAAGGAAAUCGCCAGCGCCAUAAAGAAACUGCUCGAUGUGGUCAACGAGAUCGGCUCGUUCAUACCAGGCGUAACGGGCAAGCAGGCUGUGGAACAGCGUAAGAAGGAGUUUGUCAAAUAUUCCAAGAAGUUCAGCACAACGCUGAAGGAGUACUUCAAAGAAGGACAACCGAAUGCAGUAUUCAUAAGUGCACUUUUUCUAAUACGGCAAACGAAUCAAAUAAUGCUGACAGUUAAGAGUAAAUGCGAGUAGAGAAUUAAAUCCUUUAAUUAUGGAAAAUUUUAGUGGCAUUUUAAUUUUAUGUUUAAAUAACCAUUUAACAUCCCAAGACCCAAACAAAUAAAAUAAACUCAACACACCUAAAUACACAAUCGCCCGACACAGUCCAAGUUAAAUGUUUGAACGUAAAUGAAAAUCUGUUGUAACUAAAUAAAUAGGCCUAAUUUAUAACGUA